UGGUGAAAGUUGAUCCUAUACAAAAUUUCAUUAUGGAGCCUUACUGUAUACAAAAAUAGAAUGGUAUUUUAGGCGGGAAUUGCUUCAGCAGGGAUAGCAAUUGGCAUACGCAUAACCUCUUGCAUGAUUUGUCGGAUAAAGUAGAGGAUCUCACAACGCAAUUCCUCAAUGUUGCUGUUUUUAUUCCUCUUUCAUGCUCUAUUACUCCCUCCGCUCGCAGCUCUCUGAAUCCUUGGUUGGGGGCUGGAUUUCCAAGCCAUAGCCCCACUGUUAACAGUUUCUCCUCCCCGACUGUCUGCUUUCUGAUUCUAUCUACAUUCAUGUGUACAUGAAGAUAUUAAGGAACACAUACUAGGGAGAAGGUGGAUUUCAUUCAUCGAUUUACUCUGUGUUUAACCAUUGAUUAUUAAGGAGAUGUGAAUUUAAACAUCUAUUUCAAAACCCACCUGCCAGAGAGAGCUUUACAAAUCCACCAUGCAAUAACUCAUUAUCCAGCAAAGGUGCAGCCGCGAGCAGAGAUCGCAAAGAAUAGAGACUAUCGUGACCACCUAGAGUUGAACCAGUGCAAAUCUAACCAGUUGUGAAUCUAAUGUCAAAAGAUGUUUGAUAUAUAUAGCUAACUUGCGUGCUUGCUCAGUUGCUCGAAGGUGAAUUGGUUGGACAAAAUUGAGCAGAAAUAAAGAGAAAUUAUGGGACUAUUUGUUUGAGGUGUUGGUGCUACCAUUUCUCUAUUGCCCAAGUUGUUUUCUUACUCCAUGGUAGUACACUCUUUUUUGUAAAUUGCUGCAUUUUUAAGUUAUCGCUAUUAAUCCUUCUAUAUUAAUCCUUAUGUACAAGGAGAACUUCGUGCCAAUAAACAUCCACUAUAAAUACGGUGGGCUUAUCCAAUUCAAGACACAUCACAGCUGCUUUGAAAAUAGAAAUAAGAUGCAAAAUAUUGCUCAUUCACUGUCGACUCACAUAUUCUAAUUCUUCUUCUUCGUCCAAUUUAUACUUCCACCACCUCCAAAAUCCUCCCCUCCCUCAGGUCUCAACUUGUCUGAUGCCCAGUCCACCAAAAGUAUCUCAUUUAUCUGCUCCGCCGCCUUCACCUCGAUUGGCCUCUGCCGAUUUGUGAAGAGAUGGCCUCCAAUAGAUCUUUGCAAUGGAUGAAGGAGGAAGAAAAUAGACAGCCAUUGGAAAAAUCCUGAUUCUUCAAAUCUAAAUACCUCUCCUGCAGAAUCUACAUUGAAUACACCCUCCUAAGAGAAUAUCAUUUAGUAUUUUUGAUGGAUGAUACUUUGGAUCGAAUAGAAAAGUCUAAAUAAAUACUCAUUUUUGAUACAGCACUUUGGAACGAGGAGACGAUCACGCGGAUCAAGUGCAUAAACUGACAGAGAGAAUUAAACCAGUGGGCCUUGUUAUAGGGGAGCCCAUUAUGCAUGAGAACACGAUGAAGGUGGUUCAAGAUUACAUUGAAAUACUAAAGAAGAUAAAAAGUUGUGAGAAUCUUUUCUAUGCUAUGACGAAUGAGUGUGGAAGUACGCAGUUAGCGAGAUUCAUGAUUUCGAAUGUUGGCCAUCAUUAUCACUAUGAUUGGAACGGUGACUAUCUGAAUUGGAAAAAGAGACUAAACGCGUUUUCUGCGACUGUGAUUCUGAGGACUGGCAUCGAUGAAGCGGAAAAAAGCUGUUGUGAGAUAACAGAGCCCACAAUUUGCUUACAUGACCUUUAUUUGCUUAUCAGAAGUUCAGUGUUCCUGACCCCUUUUUUUUCAAUCCAUGUGGAGAAGAAUAGUUUGAGGGUGACUUCCCCAACCUCCAUCAAAGAUGUGUAUCAGUGUGCAAUUGGGAAUUUCGGGGUUCCUCAGUACGGAGGAACCAUGACGGGCGUGGUGAUGCACCCAAAGGCUAACCAGAAAGCAUGUAAAAGCUUCGAUGAUGUGGAUGUUUCCUUUAAAUCCAAGCCUGGUAGCAUGCCUGUCUUUGUUCUGGUUUUAUCCUACAAUCCAAACCCCAAAAAAUAUAUGGUCAUGCAGUACCACUCCGUGGAAAAUGGGUUUAGGUUGCCCCUCCACAGUCUGCUUCGCGACCUCUGCCUCCAUUUCGGAUUCGCUCCGGGUCAAUUGACUGCCAACGCGCACAAGUAUGUCGCGUCCUACAUCCUGCGGUGCUGUGCCCUGGACAGAUCCCCAAAAUUGGAUGAAUUCCUUCUCCUCUUCAGUAUCGGUGGUUUCCCCUUCUACAGCCUAUAUCCCCACAACCAUUUCCCAAUUUUUGAGAAGGUUGAGUUCAAGCAUGAAAAAUGGUCACUGAGAUACUUCGUUAUUGAGUUCCCGGCUCACAGCCCCCUUGAUCUACCGGGUGUUGUCCUCCGCUGUUCCAUUUCCCGGACGAAAUUUGCUGCAGCAGAAUUAGCGGAGGGAGUGUUCAACGCCUUGAGAGAAAAAGAAGGUCUAAUUUCACACCACUCCCUUCAGGACGCCCAACUGUACAAGAAGGCAGGUUUUUACUACCCCCUAGGUCCUGACCCGUUUCCAUUUGAAGGCAUGCCUUCUCCUGAGAGAUCAAAGGCUCCUUCUGCUGCAGAGUCCAACCCGGCUAUGAGCUCCUCUGGGGACCAAUUCCAAGGCAACUCCACUGCUCUAGCUAUUCGCAAGCCGCCUGCAGCACUGGAGGCCGUUCCUAUCUCUGCCAUUCCUGGGCUCAGGAGGCCCAUCCCAUCCCAGAAACGACCUCGGGAAGGAGUUACUAACGAUGAUUUCCUUCCCAAGAAGAAUAGGGGUGAUGGUACUUCUGUUUCACCCAGCCCCCUGUCAACUUCUUCUGGUACUCAGAAUACCACCUCUGCUGCUGCACCCGGAGGUUUAGAGCUACCCAAUCCGGAGAGCCUGGAUCAUGAGGCAGAUGAACUUCCAGACCAAGCACCACUCAAAAAACCAGCGGUGCAACCUCAGCCUGAUGCAAACAAUUCCCUCCCUCAAACUGCAUCUGCUCCCCAAGAGCUGGAGGUAGAAGUUGAGGAGCAGGAAGAACCAGAGUCUUCUUCUGCAGUAGAGGUGGAGAUCGAACUACAUACAGAGCCGGACGCCCCCUCCACGGUGGAGAAAGAAGCUGAAGGGCAAGAAGAUACUGAGGUUCCUCCAGAGACGGGAAGAGAGACUGAGACGCAGCAGAAACCGGAGGAGCAGCGGGAACCGGAGGAACGACAUCCCGCCAUUGCACCUUCGGCCGUUAGUCUCCCCAUCCGGCGCAAGUUUACGCCGCAAACUUAUCCUGUUUUUACAGAGGGUUGGGCAGGCUUCUCCCGUGGCUUGAGAUCCUUACAGGCUUCCCAUUGUACUAUCCAGGCAAACCUAGAGAGGAUGAGGGAAACAGUGCAGGAGCCUACAAUUCCCCAGGCACUCCCCGACUUGCGCCCUCAAUGCUCUGCACUUCAUGGAGCAUCCCAGCAAUCACUCCUCACUUUGACUGAGGAGUACCUGGGUGGAGCAUUAGGGAACUAUCGGGCUGUAGUGCUCCUGAAGGAGAAGGAGUUGGCUGCCAGGACUCUACAACAGAAGGUUGACUCCCUGGAACAACAGGUCCGGGUCCUACAGGAAGAGAAUGCCCGGCUCAAGGCAGAUAGCUCAAUGGAGCUAGCCGCUGAGAAAUCCAAGGUCGAGGCCUCAGCUUCAGAAGACAAAGUGGGAAAUCUGGGAGCUGGAUUGGUUGAAAAGGAAUCCCGGAUCUCUGAGCUGGAGAAUUCCCUCCAGGAGGCCAAGCACAAGGGUUCCCGCUCUAACGAAUUCACCCUGAAACAGAUGGAAGCAAGACGGCUUAUCCUCGAGAAGUUGAAGGAAGAGAGACAGAUUGCAAGCGAGCUCCGGUCAAAGAUAGGUGAACUGGAGAAGGCAAUCGCUGCUCACCAAGAGGAGGUGGCCACCCUGGUUGCCCGUGCUGAAGCCCUCUAUGAAGAGGGGAAAUUUGACAUGCAGCAAUGCAUUUACGGGGCAGUCCGGAGUGGUCUCCCGGAAAACCGAUCCUUGGAUGACUUCAUCUCUUACUAUGGGUUACCUCUUCCUCUUCCUCCCCCAGACUCUCGUGCCAAUCCGGGACCUUGAUUUCUCAAUCAGUUGUUGUAACUUCUAUUCUGUAACAUUUAACCUUAUAACAAUUUGGCAAUGCUUAAUGUAUUUCUGUUCUUGUAUACUCCUUUCGCUAGUCUAACUAUUCUCCUUUUGGAACUCUUAUUCCUCUUUAGGACUUAGCGAAAAUUCUUUGUCCGCCUAGGCUUUGGGCUUG